AUGCUGGAGAAGAGCCAACUCCCGAUGCGCUGGCUCGUGCUCGUGCUCUCGUGCACGCUCAUGAUCGGCAACUACUACUGCUUUGACAACCCCGCUGCGCUCAAGAGCCAGCUGCAGCAGCGCUUCAACGGCGCCUUUCCGCCCGACCGCUUCGAGUUUCUCUUUAACAUGCUCUACACGCUCUACUCGAUCCCCAACAUCAUCUUGCCGUUUUUUGGCGGCUUCCUCGUCGAUCGGCUUGGCGCGCGCCUCUGCCUCUUGAUGUUUGCCACGACCAUCACACUCGGGCAAAUCGUCUUUGCAUUCGGCUGCUCGAUCUCGCAGUUCAACGUCAUGCUGCUUGGCCGUAUCCUCUUUGGCCUCGGCGGCGAAAGCUUGGGCGUUGCCCAGAGCACGCUUGUCGCAUCGUGGUUCAAGAACAAGGAGCUCGCGCUGGCGCUCGGCAUCAACCUCAGCAUUGCGCGGCUUGGCAGCGUCUUCAACAACGAACUCAGCCCUGUAAUUGCGUCCGAGUACAACGUCUCGAGCGCGCUUUGGAUGGGCGUUGUCAUGUGCGGCGUGUCGCUCAUCGCGGCCCUCAUCUUGAUCCCGAUUGACAAGCGUGCGGACGCGGCGAUCGCGCGCACCAAGUCGUUUGGGGCAUCCGCGCCCGUGGCCAAAGACCAAGGGUUUAGCUGCCGCGACAUUCGCAGUUUUCGGCCCAUCUUUUGGCUUUUGGCGAUUGCAUGUAUGGUCGUCUACGGCUGCGUCAUUCCAUUCAACAACGUUGCCAGCAGUCUGCUCAUGGAACGUGACUUCUUCCGCCAGCCGCCGCCCGCGUGCCAGCAGUGCGGCGAGGGCGCGUAUGCCGGCGACACCAACUGCUCGGUCAUCGCACCGACCUGCCCGCCCGUGCCACCGUUCAGCUGGCCGCUUCCGGCCCUCAACCGCAACUGCUCGAUUCAGUCGCCCGAGGACCAGCUGCACUGCGCGCACACAGCACCGUACGUGACCGAAGCCAUGAUCAACUGCGACGACGACGCAUGGAAGAAGGGGCCGUUCUCCGCGGUUUACUGCAGCCGCAAGAGCGCUGCAGCCGCCGCUGCUGCCACGCCAAUGAGUGUCCCGUACCUCAUCUCAGCCGUCCUCUCGCCGGUCAUGGGCUACGCAGUCGACCGCGUCGGGUUCCGCGCCGGUCUCGCGCUUCUCUCGUCCGUCUUGCUGACAGUCGUGCAUCUGCUGCUUGGCACGACGCAUGUGACCUACUGGGUUCCCUUGGUGCUGCAAGGCGUCGCAUACUGCGUGUUUGCUGCUGCGCUCUGGCCGUCGAUUCCGUAUGUCGUCGAUGCGCGCUUGGUGGGCAGUGCGUACGGCGCCAUCACGUCGAUCCAGAACUUGGGUCUUGCGCUCUUUCCGAUGCUGGUCGCGAUGGUCUACAGCGUCGAAAACAAGUACCUUCCCAGCGUCGAAAUGCUCUUUGUGGCCUUUGGCGCGCUCGGGUCGGUCGCUGGCAUCCUCCUCAACAUUGUCGACUACAAGAAUGGGUCGGUGCUCAACCGCAGCUCGGCAGCGGCCGCGCGCUCCACCGCCUAA